CACCAUGGAGACGGUGAUAGGUCGGGGGUCAGGGGUCAGGGGUGAGAGGUGGGCCUGCGCGAUGGCGUUGCCUCUUGCCGCCUCCGGCCGCCGCCUCCUGCAGCAGCUUCCCCCCCGCGGGGCCUGGGCCACCGUCCGCCGCGGCUCCAGCUCCAGCUACAGGCAGGGCCAGAGCCCGGAGCCCAGCAUCCGCGAGUAUUUCUACUACAUCGAUCAUCAGGGCCAGCUGUUUCUUGAUGACACCAAAGUGAAGAAUUUCAUCACCUGCUUUAAAGAGACGAUCCACACUGACCCAAUGGAGUUCAUUAUCACCCUUCUCAUCCUCAGCCUUCAGGUGCUGUGCUCCCAGGGCUGUCUAGAAGGAUGUCGUUGUUACAGUACAACAGUCGAGUGUGGCUCUCUUGGUCUCACAGCUGUGCCGCCCAAUAUUCCUGCUUUUACCCAGACACUAUUUUUACAAGAUAAUGACAUCACUCGCAUCAGCCAGAGGGACUUUGGCCAUCUCUCCCAACUCCAGAACCUCUACAUUCAGAACAACAGCCUCAGCACGAUCGACCCUGGUGCUCUGUCCCGGCAACACUCGCUGGUUGAAUUAGCUCUGAACGGAAAUCGCAUCCAGCAUCUCAACCACAGCAUCUUCGAGGGGCUGAACCAUCUCAGGGUCUUGUACUUGGCAGGAAAUUACAUCAGCUGGUUAGCAAGCCUGACCUUCCGAGGACUCCAGAGACUACAGGAACUCCACCUUCAGGAAAAUAAUAUCCAGUCUUUGGCUGACCAAGCUUUUGAGGGGCUCUCAUCACUGGCCUUGCUGGACUUGAGCAGUAACCGGCUCCAUACACUGCACCAGGCAUCAAUCCAACCCCUGAAGAGCUUACAGGAACUCCGACUGACCGGGAACCAGUGGAGAUGUGACUGUGCGCUGCACUGGCUGCGGGCCUGGACGAUAGGGGAGGGUCAGCGGCGGUUGCUGCUGGGUAAGAAGAUGGUGUGUGCUGAGCCCCCUCGCUUGGCUGGACAAAGUCUGCUGCAGGUCCCGGGGAACAGCCUGGUCUGCAUCCCGCCAUCCGUGAGGCUGGACCGCAGCCAGGGACUGGUGAGCCGCUGGGGGGACGAGCUGAGGGUGAGCUGCCAGGCCACUGGCUACCCUCCACCGGCGGUGAGCUGGAGGAAGGUGAGCAAGGCUGGGCCUGGGCCUUCAGGCCUACUCUCCGGAGGAGGGACACUGACUCUCCGCAAUGUGACAGCCUGGCACGCCGGGAUCUAUGAGUGCGAGGCCCACAACCCAGGUGGGAAGGCCUCUGCGACCUUCGAGCUGCAGGUGAACCUGUCGUCAGGCCCAGGCCUGGGCCUCAGGAGCCAGGAGCCGCCCUCACUGGGCCUUUCUCCCUACCAGAGGGCGGGGGCUGGCAGUAUGGAGUUCACCACCUUGGGCCCUGGCACCCAGGCUAGCAUCGCGGCUGGCAUCUCCCUGCUGACUCUGGUCGCCCUCCUGCUGCUGGCGGCCAUGAUCUGUCAGAGGAGAGCGGGCGAGUCGGGCCAGAGUGGGGAGGAGGGCGGCCUCUACCUCAACGAUUACUCGGAUGGUCCGACCACCUUCGCUCAGCUGGAGGAGUACCGCGAUGAAGCAGGCCGGGAGAUGCUGGUCCUCGACCGGAACAAGACAGACUUCUGCACCUACAAGGACACGGCUGCCGAGCCAGACCGGCAGCUCCGCAUGUUGGGGCCUCUCCACCAGGUCCAGACUCAGGUCCAGGCCCAGGCCCAGACCCAGGCCCAAGGCUAUGCUCAGGACCAGGCCCAAGCCCCGGCUCAGUUCCAAAGAGGCCCUGGGGAAUUGUUUGAGAACCUCAGCAGUGGGGCCUUCAAGUGGGAGAUGGAGUACGAGAUCCAUUGCUGA